AUUGGAACUUACAGGUAAAGACGUUGAAGGUAACAGUGGGCUGAACAUAAAACUGUACUAGCUAGGCCAUGUAAGAUGACAGAAGUGAUUGCACUGGAAAUUAAUGCUCCCUUAGGGCGGUGUCCAUACGAUGUAGUAAAUAUUGGGAGACAGUGUGUGUGAAAUAUCAGUGAAUUAGGAUUUUUUCAGGUGUAAUUACUAAUUGCAUUUUGAGGCAAGUGAUUUAAAAGAUGUGUGGCUGUUGUUGCGGGAAGGAUUCUGCGGAAGAUAAAGCAGAUCUAACAAACCCAAUUAAAAAUCGAGGAUGCACGGACAUCAUAGUUCUGAUCGUCUUUGUUCUGUUCUGGGCAGGCAUGAUUUACAUUGCUGCCUUCUCUAUCACACAUGGAGAUGCCUGGAGACUGGUUUACGGACACGACAGCUUUGGUAACACUUGUGAUGAGGACAACAGAGGAAGGAAGAUUGAGAAUGUGAGCUUCUCUGGCAUGAACAUGGAGGGCAGAGGAUUUGUAUUUAUCCUGAACAUCUUAGACCCUUUGAACUCCAUGAAGUUGUGUGUGAACAAGUGUCCUGGUCGAGACUUGAACACCACGUCAGAUCUUGCCAUUUUUGCGGUGACUGAUGGGUCUUCUCUCUGUAGAUAUGAUUACAAUUAUACUGAGUACUCCGAUUACCUUGUCAAGAAAGGGUUUUGUCCAGGAAAAGUGUUCGCAAGUGAACCGCUUCUGAAUAGGUGUGUGCCAAAGCAGAUUUUUAGCACUGCGGAUGCUAUUUUUUCCAAAUUCUUUGACUUCCUAAAUUCAAGUGACAUAUUCCACAAAGUUUUGCACGAUUUAAUGACGGGCUGGCGAGAAAUGCUUAUCCUGUGUUUUGUCGCGUUAGGGUUUGGAGCGUUAAUGGUUCUCCUCAUCAGAUUCCUUGCAUCUUUUAUCGUCUGGUUCAUCAUUGUCAUUGCAAUAAUUGGAAGUUUAGCUGGCACAGUUGGGUUGUGGUGGACUUACAUGGAUAAGAAGAGGUUUAUAGAUGACAAAGAAGAAGACAAUAUUCCUCUUUUGAAUGUGGACAUUGAUAGUGAACAGGCCUUCCUAAUCUAUUCAAUCAUUGCCACAGUCCUUACAGUGAUUCUACUGUUGGUGAUCCUGGUGAUGAGGAAGAGAAUUAGCUUGACAGUCACUCUGUUCCACGAAGCAGGGAAAUGUCUGGCAGAUGUCCCCAUUCUCCUUCUCCAGCCUCUCUGGACCUUCGUCAUCCUCGUCUUCUUCUUCGUCUACUGGAUCAUCAUUCUGGCUUUCCUUGCCACUGCUGAGAUAGCAUCCGUGGAUAAGACCACUGGUUUUGUGAAGUACACGGAACACGAGAGAGUCUCGUACCUGUGGUGGUAUCAUCUGAUUGGUCUGAUUUGGACUAGUGAGUUCAUCAUUGCCUGCCAGCAGUUGGUUGUGUCUGGAACAGUUGCUACUUGGUACUUUACAAGGGAGAAGAAGUCAUUGUCAUGUACCAUUUGCAAGUCCACCAAGCUUUUGAUUUUCCACCAUCUUGGAUCUGUAGCGUUUGGGGCUUUUGUCAUCACCAUGGUUAAACUUCCUCGCUGGAUACUCAUGUACAUGCAGAAAAAGAUGAAGGGGUCUCAGAACACCUGCGCUCAGUACACCUUGAAGUGUUGUAUUUGUUGUUUGUGGUGUUUGGAAAAGUGCUUGAAAUAUCUUAACCAGAAUGCCUACACUGUGGUGGCAAUACAAGGUUCAAAUUUCUGUUCCUCUGCUAAAAAGGCCUUUAUGACCUUAGUGAGUAAUGCUUUACGUGUGGCUGCCAUCAACAGCGUGGGAGACUUUGUGUUGUUUCUAGGAAAAAUUGGUGUUACAGCAGCAACUGCUGCUGUGGGCAUCUUCUGGUUCAAGACUAAGGAAGAAUUGAACUACUAUGCUAUUCCAGUUUUGCUUGUGUGUGUCUUUGCUUACUUCAUUGCUCACUGUUUCCUAUCGACAUAUGAGAUGGUGAUCGAUGCUCUCCUGUUGUGUUUCUGCCACGAUACUGAUAUUAACGAUGGCUCCCCAGAGAGACGAUACUAUGCCAGUGUGUCCCUACAGAAAUACAUAGAGGACGGCAGUAAUAAGAUAAGUGCAAUCUCCAAAGGCGAAGACCCUGGAGAGGGGGAGGCAGCAAGGCUAUAAAUAGUGCAGGGUGAGACGUGUGAGUAAGGCACGUGGAUAAAGACACAGUGAUCUUAACAGAGACUGCGUGAAGCAAUACAGACAUUAAAGUAGGAUUUAUUUUUGAAGUGGAGGAGUAGUGGGACAGAUUUAAGUUUGUAAAUGUUUAAAAGUUGAAUUAUACUGAACUGAUAUGAGUUUUCUAACUCAAUAUUUUGCUAAUUUUGGAGAAAGACAAACAUUCGAUGGUCGUAUUGCAGUUUGUGUUAAUGACAUGCCUGUUAUGAAUCUAUAAGAGCAAUUACUUUCACUGAUUGUAAAUUGUUUUACAUAUAUAAAUGAAUUCAAAUACAUGAAGAACAUUAUAUAUUAAAUGCUUUAUCUUCAGAGGGAAGCAUCUAAACGUACAAGUGUAUGUGAAAUAUUUUAGAUAACAAAUAUACAGGUUCUCACUCAAUUUCAUAAUUUGAACUCCUAAAUUAUGAAUGGUGCCUUCAGAAUUGGAAUUCAUAAUCUGAGAAUGAUUUGCUGUGUAAGAAAAGCUGAGUACAAGGUUGUCUUUCAAUAGUGACUUUGUUGGUGCAUUGAUGAUGUUCAUCUUUAUUUUCCGUAUUUUUGUGAAAUAUAGGCUACAGUUCUGUAUUUUUUAUUUUGAUAUCAUAGCUAUAUACAUGUAUUUUGCGGAUGCCAUUCAGUGUAAUGUUUAUAUGAAAGAUUGAAAGUUUUCUAUUUUGAUUUCUUUUUAUAUGAUUGUAAAUUAUAUUAAAGAUAUUUACAUGCUGUUUAUUUUUUUUCUUUCAAAUAUGUAGAAACAUACCUCAUAUUAGUAUUUAUUUUUCAUAGAAAAAUAUUAAAUUUAACCUUGGGAGAUCAAGCUCAUUGUUUUGGGUCUGUUUUGUCAAUUAACAACUUUAACCUGGGUUGUUCACCUUGGAACUAUACAAGAUACAGUCUUACAUAUUUAGCAAACUGAAAUGUCAAGGUCUAGCUGUGUGACUGCUAAAGGUCAAGGUCAAAUUUGCCACAAUUGAAGUUGGUCUUGUUUGGGGGCAUAGUAUUUCACAUAUUUAAUACGGAAGAACAAUUUCCCCAAUUAUUCACAUCCACAACAAUUUAGAGUACAUUUUUGAAUCUCACAUGGAAGGCAUUUUGAAUAUAUAUGAACAAAUUAUAUAAGUUUUAGUUUUGUACAAAGAAUUUUAAAGCUUUCCUGUGAUGUAAGAUAUGGGUUUCUGUAAUGAUUAGAUUAGGUAAUAUUUUAUGUACAUCUAUAUCUGAUAGUAUCACUGUAGGUAUCAAAAACCUGACACACUUCAAUCCAAAAGUCAAACACUUUUCACUAGCACAGAUGUAUGAAUAAAACUGGUUUAUAGAAGAAUAAAUGCAAAAAUAUGAAAAUUCCAUUUGUUUAUGAAAAGUAUAUCGAAUGUUAGAUUCGAAAUUUUAGACUUUUGUCUAUUCUCAAUUCAUGAUCUUGUGGCCAGAGAAAAUGUACAACUCUAUAAUUGUCUUCACUACUUCAUGUUAAAAAAUUGAUGUCUAUAUCAACUAUGUUUCUUUAAAUUGAUGUAAUGAACAUUCAACAGGCAACUCUAUGACCCUCUUUUUGUGUCGCCUGCAAAUCACAGCUAUGCUUGGGGAUUACCUGUCUGUCACACUCAGAAAUUUUUAACUUAAGGACGUUGGUAUUUGGCAUGUGUAUUUUUUGCAGGAGGGUCAUUUAAUUUAUACCACGAUUAAUGUUGCAAUUUUCAGUUACCAUUGUUCUUUUGAAUACUCUAGUUUCACAUAUUGUAUAUUGGAGUGAAUGGUGAAAAACUUUGCUGUCUGAGUUAGUAUAAUUUCUGCCCAGUACUUAACCCCCCCCCCCCCCUCCCCCAGUAUUUACAGAUUCUCUUUUGGCUGCAUGUCACUUCUCAAAAGGAGUAUAUUUUCAUUGUCACAUUUCCCCCAUACCUGUCAACACACAUUUGACAUGUUUCUGCACCAUUGAAUGCAUUACAAUGUUCAUUGUACAUCUUUGCGCCAUAAUGAUAGAUGUGCAAUAUGUUGAUGUGUUAAUAUCACACGUUUAUUUACAUUUUUUUUUGCAUUUGAUAUCUAGACACUUGAUAUACAUAUAUAUCUUUCUAUAUCCUUUAAUGUAUUGGUAGAUUUUAAUUUCACUGAAGGCAAUAUAUUCAGUGCAGUAAAACUGUUGUAGAAAGUUUGAUUUUACUGUAUGCAACUUUGUAUUCUGGAUGGAAUUUUAAAACUGCAUAAUUCCAUAUUAUUUCAUAGUAACCUAGGUGUUGAUUGUCUUUUGAGAGACUGUUAAGUUUAUCAAGAUUUGUAUACAAUGUAUUUUUAUUUUAGCAAUGCAAAAAUAAAAUGCUUAAAGAUAUC